GCAUAUAGUAGAACAGGUGGUGCUAACGUCAAGCAACAGGAAUAGAAAUACUUGGAAAUUAAUAUGAGGGUGUGAAUAAGGUUUACAUAUUAGAGAAAAGUGGGCGAUAAAAAGAGCACAAAUGAGCAAAAACAAGUAUAAACAAACAACUAGCUUUGCCAAAAAAAAUCAUGAGGUGCUUGAUUAUGAAGAAAAGAGAGUAAGAGACAAACCAUUUAAAAAAAAACUGGACUUACCAGUUUAAGAAUACAAAAAAUGCAGACACUUAAACCAUUUUUUAAAAUUUGAGAAGAACGUCUUUCCAAAAUAAAUUAAGUAUGAUACACACGAAGCAAAUAAAAGAGUUACAGAAAGGUUGUUUAUAAAUCAAAGGUAACAAAAACCGUUCUGUCAUAAAGCUAUUAUUGAUUCUGUUGAUCAUAUUGUCAGUGUUACAAUGUCAGCACUAGAAGAGGGUCCCAGUGAUACAAUACAUACAGAUAAUGAAAUAGCGAAUCAUGAACCAGUCGAUUGUUCCAAAACAAUUGACUCGGUCAAAACUAGUUUGAAAGUAAUUAAAGAAAACCAAAAUAAAGGAACCAAAGAUGGCUUUGUUACUAAGCAAUUUCAGGAUGCUGCUUUGUUGUUGAAUGAAUGUAUAUCCAUUAUCACUAAAACAGAAUCUUCCAGUGAAAAGUCAAACAUGCUGAGACAAUUGAUACAGCAUUCAGAAGAGUAUCAGACAGUUGAAAUUUAUUGUAAAAUAUGUGCUGACAUAUUGGAGACUGGAGAAGGUUUUGGGUAUCCUAGAAUUAACACAGAGUACAUUAACCCAUUGUUAACAAUGUUCGAGUUUUUGGUUCAUUGCUCAAGUGUUAGCGAAAAACUGAGUGGAGUUAUAUCUCGGGACAAAAGCUUUCUCAUCAAAGCAACUAAAGAGUUAGAGGACUGGCAAGAUUAUCAUCGUUGUGAGAAUGACAGGAAGUUAAUGGAAGAGGGAGAAAAUAUUGUUGAAAUGCUCUGUCGUUUAUUGCAUAACAUAUCCAUGUUUGAGGGUAAUGUUCCAAACAUUCGAGGUGCAAACUGUAUUGGAGCAAUGAAACCAUAUUUGGAAUCAGAAAACAACAUAAUGCGACUUCUAUGCUUAGCAACACUUGCUGAUUUGGUUGAAGAAUCUGAAAGUGGAACUUUAGAAAGCAAGUCAGAUAGCAUUAAGGAUUUAAUGUCAAUAAUUUCAAAUGUUAUAGAAGGUGGAAGUUAUGGCGACUGUUCUCUUAAGGAAAUAGCUAGAAUUAUUCAACAAGUGGGGAGAAAUGACAGCAAUAAACGAUUUGUCGUACAGCAUGGUGCUAUUCCUCUCUUAGUGAAAAUUACUGAAGAUGGGAACAUCGAGGAACAACGUGAGGCCGUUUAUGCUAUAUGGGGGUUAUCGUUUGAGAACAAAACAGAGAUGAUCAACAAUAAAGAAUGGAAGGUGAUAUCAACAUUGGAAAUAUUGUCUAAUUCAUCAGAUAAAAAAGUUAAACUGCUUAGCAUGAAAGCUUUAUGGACGAUCAGUGACUAUCAAAACCGCGGUAUUAAGCAAAAAGACAAAGAAACAGGAAGUGUCAAUAGACACAUUUUAAUCAGUCACAAUUGGGGGAACCAACCAGUGGUAAAACAGAUAUAUGAUGGUCUAAAAAAGAAUUGUAUUAACGUAUGGAUGCAUGUCCAUAAUAUCCAGGGUGCCACAGUCGAGGCCAUGUCUGAUGCUGUUGAUCAGGCAGAUAUUGUACUUGUCUGUCAUUCAUAUAAAUACAAGAACAGUUAUAACUGUAGAGCGGAGACAGAACAUGCACAUCAAACUGGGAAAAAGAUAAUAAUAUUGAAAAUGGAAAGUGGAUACGAGGCUGAUGGUUGGUUAGAACCUAUAAUCGGUAACAAUCUUCAAUUUGACUUCAGUGGAAAAGAUCCACUGGAGAAAACAGUCAACGAAGUAAUCGGAGCCAUACAACAGGAAUUGAACAGAAAGAAUGGAGUAGUAGUAGAUGUGUCAAAACCGAUUAUUCAAUCCGACCAUGAGGUUAUGAUAGCACAACAACCCACUCGUCAAAACAGUGGUAAAACCAAAGAGAUACCAGUUCUGCCGAUAUGUCUAUCUCUAUUUUUCAUAUUGUUCCUUUUACUGUGUCUGUUGAUAAACCUUGCUUGCUUUAAUUCUUCAAAUACAGUAUGUCCCUACAAAGAAUGUGAACCAGCUUUGCCUGGGAUGGCAGAUGAAAAUGCAAACCGGACUAAUGGAAUUGACAGUGCGAUGAAUUGGACAAUUUCUCAAGUAGAAAAAUGGCUUAACGAUAAGAUUCUUCGGAAAGAUAUGUUUUUAUCUACCCAAAGGCAGCUUAAGACUUUGAGAGGAAAGGACAUUGCAUUUCUCAAGCUCCUUGUCCACGAGUGUCCGACUUCUUUCUACCAAACAAUCAGAGAACAGUUGGGGAUGAAAGAUAUUCAAUCAAUGUCCGAUUUCCGAUUCGCUUUCGAAAACAUUGAUACCACUGUGAUUUAUACUGAUUUGCAUUCAUCUUCAAAACAGUUUACAAGUACCAGUACGAGAACAGUUGAAACAACUAAAGUUCGUUUAACUGUAUAGAUCCAUAGUGUGUAUACUUCAUUAGUAAUUAAUUCCACGUGUGCCAUCAUUGAUUAACUCUGCUAUACUUGGGCUUUUCUUUUAUAAAACAAAAAAAUUGAAAAAAGAAAUUAUUCUUUUUGUGAAAACUGUUCCAAAUUAGUCAUUGUUGGUAAAGGAAGAUAUGUAACAUAAUUGUUAAAUUUUGAUAGAAAAAAACAUGGGAUAAAGAGUGGGUACAAAUGACUUGUUAUUUAAGAAAUCUAUCUCUCUACAGUUUAAAACAAUAUAACACUCGUUUAUUUUGUCAAUUUAUAGUGAAUCAAAUUAUAUUUGUAUUAUCAGAACACCGGGAAUAUUUUUUAAAAGAAUUUUCAUUUCAUCUUUUACAGUCCAAAAAUUAAAAAAAAUCUACUUAUAUUUUUCUUGUCAUCUUUUUUAUUAUUCAACUAAUGUGAACAUUUUCCUUCAAAUUUUUAUGAAGAAUAUCUAAUGGCAUUUAUUAAAUUCAGAUAGGUUUUUCUGUGCAUUUUCAGGAAAUACCAAAACCCGAUAUGUAUAUUUAUUUCAAUUACAAAGUAUGUCAAACCAAACUUUUUAUGUUGCUAAUAUUGGGAACGUCCACAUAUACGUAUACAAUGUAUACAAAAGUAUUAAAGAUAUACAUGUAUGUAUGAAUAAAUAUGCUGCAAUGAUAUAGUACAAAGGAAAUAACUACUGUUUACAUUUAUGUUAUUACACAACGCGAUUUUAAAAUGUGAAUCUUUAACAAUUAUAUUUCAACAUUCAAAGUUUCAAUUCAAAUAAUUUUAAGGGCUUUGUGUUUCACAAAGGGGUAUUUUUGAAACCCUCAUAAAAGCUUAUACAAGAAAAAUUACCUUUCUUUUUGGUGAUCACGUAUUGGUUGCUGCAUGUAUUUUUGUUUUUUUCUUUGACUUUUGAUGGUGUCUUUGUUACGUCAUGCCACCUUUUAUAAUAUAAUUGUUUAUAUACAUUUACUAUAUACAUUUAAUUAUAUACAUUUAUUAUAUACAUUUAAUUAUAUACAUUUAUUAUAACAAGUGCACAUAAAUUACAUUUACUUGACCGUGCUUGUUUUUGUGUAUAAUUUUCAUUUAUCACGUGCUUUAACUUAAUAAAUUAUAUUUUAUAUUCAUGAGA